AUAAAACAACUCCCUUUUUUUUAAUUAUUUUUUCCUUUUCGUAUAUUUUUGUUUUAAUUAACUAACUCCUCUGUCACAAACAACCAUCAAAUAAUAACGAUACCACACCAUCAUAAACCAUACCCACCACCCCUUUCCCUCAGCCUCUCUUCAAAUUCAAUGAUUCUUGUGUCGUGAAGGGGCGUUGUUGAAUGGUGAAGUAGGACAAAUACAAGACCACACACAGAGAAAGAUAGAGAUAGAGAUAGAGAGAGAGAGAGAGCAGAAAACCAGAAGAGAAAAUGGCAGUGACAAGUCAAUAAGUAGAGAUCAGAAGAAACAAGACACCCUUUUGAGCUUAACUAGCUUUCAUGCAUAAACAAGGACACCUUUUUCUUCCCUUGACACCAUGGCUUACCCACAUUACCGAUCACAGUUCGGAGACACAACGUUCACCAAGGUCUUCGUUGGAGGCCUAGCUUGGGAGACUCCAACCGAAGAAAUGCGCAAAUAUUUUGAGCAGUUUGGUGAGAUUCUUGAAGCUGUCAUUAUCACUGAUAAGAACACAGGAAAAUCUAAAGGCUACGGAUUCGUAACAUUCCGUGAUCCAGAAUCAGCUAGAAGGGCAUGUGCUGAUCCAAACCCAGUGAUAGAUGGAAGAAGAGCAAAUUGUAACAUUGCUUCUCUCGGAAGACCUAGACCAUCACCACCAAGAGGAAGAGGUACAUUCCAAGGAGGAGCACCGGGAACAGCUUCAUACAGUGGUGUGCCGGCGGCAGGAGGACCGGCACUAGCACCGCCGCCGCCGCCACCACCACCACCGCUGGUGUACCCGCCAUAUGGCUACCCUACCUACACCCCUGAUUAUGGGUACCAUCAAGCCACAAUGUAUAACCCACAAAUUCAGCAACCACAAUACUACCAACAACUCUAUGGACCAUCCUCCUCCACCAUGGGUUCCCCAUAUUACUAUGGCUAUUCUGUGCAAGCACCAAGAAGUACCUUUUCCACACCCCAACCACAUCGCAUACCAGCUGGACCCUCUUAUCUAUACUACCCUACACCAAUGGAACCCUCAUUUUCUGCAUAUCGUCCACCACCUCAGUUGCAACAACUUCCAAAAAGGCAACCCCCUCCUUCCCCUACUGACUCACAGACUCAGCAACGUACCACGUCCGAGGCAGCAGGUGGAGUAGUUAUAACUUCAGAAAGUUCAAAUAGCCAAGGGAGGAACUGAUAAAUAUAUAUAGCUGCUAAGUUUCAACUGUAUAAUCUUCAAAUUAAAUUUUAUCACAUUAAUUCUUGAUCUUUUUCCA